GCCGUUCGGAGCUCAGAGGUACAAGGAUGCGACGCCACAAGUUCUGUUCUGUUGGCUUCUACAUCUUAAUCGCCCUCACUUUCAAAGAGUCUCUGCAGGGCGAGCACCAGAGGAGGCUGUACAAGGAGCUGCUGGCCAACUACAACCGUCUGGAGCGGCCUGUGGUCAACGACUCAACCGCCAUCCUGGUGGAGCUGGGCCUCACGCUGCUGCAGAUCAUAGACGUGGAUGAAAAGAACCAGGUCCUGAUGACCAACUCCUGGCUCCAGCUGCACUGGACAGACGCCUACCUGACCUGGAACCCGGACAACUAUCCAGGCGUUCAGAACCUGCGCUUCCCCUCGGACCAGAUCUGGACCCCUGAUAUCCUGCUCUACAACAGUGCUGACGAGCGUUUCGACGCCACCUUCCACACCAACGUUCUGGUGAAUGCGUCGGGCCACUGCCAAUACAUCCCGCCGGGCAUCCUGAAGAGCACCUGCUACAUCGACGUGCGCUGGUUCCCCUUCGAUGUGCAGAAGUGCGACCUGAAGUUCGGCUCGUGGACCCACAAUGGCUGGCUGCUGGACCUCCAGAUGCUGGAGGUGGACACCUCCACCUACAUCCCCAAUGGGGAGUGGGACCUCGUGGGUGUGCCAGCCAAGCGAAACGAGCUGUACUACGACUGCUGCAAGGAGCCGUACCCGGAUGUGACCUUCACGGUCACCAUGCGGCGGAGGACACUGUACUACGGCCUCAACCUGCUCAUCCCCUGUGUCCUCAUCUCCGGCCUGGCCCUGCUCGUCUUCCUGCUGCCCGCCGACUCUGGGGAGAAGAUCUCCCUGGGGAUCACUGUGCUGCUCUCGCUGACAGUCUUCAUGCUGCUGGUGGCAGAGAUCAUGCCAGCCACGUCUGACUCUGUGCCUCUGAUUGCCCAGUACUUUGCCACGACCAUGAUGAUCGUGGGGAUGUCUGUGGUGGUGACCGUCAUCGUGCUGCAGUUCCACCACCACGACCCCCACGGAGGGAAGAUGCCCAAGUGGGUGCGGGUGGUGCUCCUGAACUGGUGCGCCUGGUUCCUCCGCAUGAAGCAGCCAGGGGAGGAGCCCAGGCGGCCCGAUAAGGCGCGGUACGGCCGACCCGCCCCCAGCUCCUCCAGCGCCUCCUCCAUGGAGAUGACCCCCCUGCCCGGCGGCCCGCCGCUCAGCCAGCCCCCCCUGGGCCCCUGCCCCUCCAUGGGGGGCACCUCCAACGGCUCCAUGAACCUCUACUUCUCGGGCUACCACCCCGUGGAGAGCCCCCGCUAUCCCCCCUCCAGCGACUCGGGCAUGGCCCUGGGCCCCGGGCCCCACGCCCACGGAUCCCUGAGCGAGGAGGCGGAGCCAGGGGGCGGGGGGGCGAGGGUCGCCAUGGGGAUGGGGCCGCUAAUGGCCCCCCCCCCGGAGAUCCAGCGGAUCCUGGAGGAGGUGAGCUACAUCGCCCAGCGGUUCCGGGACCAGGAUGAGGCGGAGGUGAUCUGCAGCGAGUGGAAGUUUGCGGCGGCGGUGGUGGACCGGCUCUGCCUGGUGGGCUUCUCCCUGUUCUCCAUCAUCUGCACCUUCACCAUCCUCAUGUCUGCACCCAACUUCAUAGAGGCCGUCUCAAAGGACUUCACAUAA